AGCACAAGCCGAACCGCUCGCCAUUGUCGCCUGAAAAGACUGGAGCAAGGUCCGCCGCGCGAACGACCGCCGCGGUGCGAGGGACCGCGCAAGAAAGCGCACGUGGAGCCGCCUCACAAUUCGGCACGAGCGCGGAAAACCCCUUGCGCCCUUCCGCAGCGGGAGGAGAUUUUGCAACGGCGUCCGCGGCAGCGCCGGGGACGAUUGCCAUGGCGGAGACAUGCACGCGGAGUGCCCGGGCGAGUUCAGCGCCGAUUGCGGAGCUGCUGCAUCUCCCGCUGCUGUCGCAGUCGUGGUCGCCGGAGGAAGAUCGCGAGCUAGAGCGAGCAUUGGCGAGGCAUGCGGAUAGCAAGCUGUCUCCGUUACAGAGGUACCUGCUAGUGGCCGCGUGUAUGCCGAGCAAGACGGCUAGAGACGUGGCAAUUCGCUGCAGAUGGCGCGACAAGGCUCCAGAGCCGCACAAGCGGAAGCUCGGAAGCCCGCAGGCCACUUCGCCGCGGAAGAAGGCAUCGCGCAGCACAGAAGUGCGCGGAGCAGCAGCAGCAGCGGACGCAGCGCAUAACGAGGCAGUCAAUGAGGAGGACAGGCUGCUGGCGCAGGGUCUGGGCGAAUCGCCGCCAGUGAAAGCGGAGGACGGUUCAAAAACAUCGCAGGCAGCACGAGGGUCGUUUGAAUCACCCGGCUCGUCAGUGUCACCCACGUCAGUGCUCACAGCCAUGGCAUCACCACCUGUAGCCAUGCAGCCGUCGUCCCCUUUAUUGGUGUCUGCGGUACCGUGGAGUGUGCCGGUGGAGCAGGAGGCGCGGCUGGCGCACAGCACUGUGCUUAUUGAGAAGAUUAAGGAGGCACUUCGUCUGCAAAAGUUACACGACUCCAGCCACAUGUUGCAGCAGCUGAAGCGCAAUCUAGCAUUGUCCGUGGAAAGUCCCUCCGUGCGCGAGCACCUGCGCGUACUGAGCCACCACGCGGACAGCCGCGCAGCCGCGGACGCGCUGGCGGGGAGAACUUCCCGCCGCUCCGCGGACGCUGCAGACACUGCGGGCGCUGCAAGGGGCGCUGCGGACGCGGAGGGGGACGCUGCGGACGCUGCAGACACUGCGGGCGCUGCGGACGCGGGGGGAAACGGGGGAAGCGGAAAGCAGCGAGCCAUGCGGGAGUGGCACCCUCACUUCCUCUCCCCACUGCCGCUGCAUGCCGUCCGCCUGUCGCCAUCCACGCGUCAGUUUGCCGCCCAGAGCGCCAACCUCGAGUACCUCCUGACGCUCGACGCCGACCGCUUGCUGUGGUCGUUCCGGCGGACGGCGGGAGAGGAGCCAAUAGGGAAGCCGUAUGGGGGAUGGGAGAACCCUAAUAGUGAACUGAGGGGACACUUCGUGGGGCACUACCUGAGCGCAUCAGCCCUGGCGUGGGCGUCAACGGGCAACACAACCCUUAAAGCCCGCAUGGAGUAUCUGGUGGGAGAGCUGGACACGUGUCAGCAGCGCAUUGGCUCAGGGUACCUCUCUGCGUUUCCCGAGGAGUUCUUUGACCGUGUGGAGGCAAUCAAGCCCGUGUGGGCGCCCUACUACACCGUGCAUAAGAUCAUGGCUGGCCUGUUGGACCAAUACCAGCUGGGCGGCAGCCGGGCGGCGCUGCGCAUGCUGACGUGGAUGGUGGAGUACUUCCGGGGGCGCGUGCAGCGAGUCAUCGAGCGCCACACGGUGGCGCGCCAUUGGCUGUCGCUCAACGAGGAGUUUGGAGGCAUGAACGACCUGCUGUACCGCCUAUAUGCCAUCACUAGAGACCCCCACCACUUGGAGCUGGCCCAUCUAUUCGACAAGCCGUGCUUCUUGGGUCCACUAGCGGUGGGCGCGGACGACCUGCCGGGGCUGCACGCCAACACGCACAUCCCCAUCGCCAUCGGCGCUCAGAUGCGCUAUGAGGCCACUGGGGAUAGCCUUUACCGGCACCUCUCACACCACUUCCUCUCCCUCGUCAACACCUCGCACUCCUUCACCUCUGGAGGCACCUCUGCCUUCGAGUUCUGGCAGGAGCCGCAUCGGAGUGGGCAUAUACUGGCACAGGAGGACCAGGAGUCCUGCACCACUUACAACAUGCUGAAGAUGGCGCGCAAUGCUUUCCGCUGGACGCGCUCAGUGCGCUUCAUGGACUACUAUGAGCGCGCCAUGAUGAAUGGGGUCAUGGGCAUUCAGCGCGGCACACAGCCGGGAGUGAUGACAUACAUGCUACCGCACGGACCAGGGAACAGCAAGGCACGCGGUUACCACGGCUGGGGCACGCCUUUCGACUCCUUCUGGUGCUGCUACGGCACGGGCAUCGAGUCCUUUGCAAAGCUUGGAGAUUCUAUUUACUUUGAGUCUCCAGUCAAGGACGGCCGGCGGAAUAACACCGACGGGCAACGUGUCUUGUCUUCUUCUGCCACGUCAAGAUCCUCCUCCGUUCCUCGCCUGUACGUGGCCCAGUUCGUCUCCAGCGUGCUGACGUGGCAGUCCGCACAGCUGGCGCUCCAGAUGACUGCCACGUGGCCCUCCUCCAUCCGACCAAUCCUGGAGGUCCAGCUGGCAGUGAUUCCUUGGAAGGGGGGGAACGAGGAGGGUGGUCGAGCGGCAACAGGGAGAGCAGAGGGAGCAGAAGCAGAGGGGGCAGCAUCAGGGGGAGGGGAGGGGGAGAGUGGACAGGCAACGGGGGAAGGGGUAGAGGAAGCAGGAGUGGCGGCAGCAGCAGGCAGUGUGGUAGCAAACGGUGCAACAGCAGGCAGUGCGGUAGCAGACGGUGCAGCAGCAGAGGUGUUUCUCCGCAUCCCCUCAUGGGCUGCUGCCGCUACCUCUGCUUCCGGUUCCACCCCACACUGUGCAGCCACUCUCAAUGGCGCCAGGCUGCCAUGCCCCAAGCCAGGAAAGUUCCUGCGAGUGCGGAGGGGGUGGAGGGAGGGUGACGUCAUCGCUCUCAACAUCUCCUUCACGCUCCGCGUGGAGUGCAUUCAAGACGACCGCCCCCAAUACGCUUCACUCCACUCCAUCCUCUUUGGUCCGCAUCUACUAGUCGGCCUAACGGACGGCGAUCGCCAGCUCAUUCCGGGCUUCGACCCGUCACACCCUGCCACGUGGAUCCGGCCUGUGGACCCUGAGGUGCUCAACCAGCAGCUGAUCUCCCUGUCGCUGUUCGCACCGCCACGUCAGCUGCCAGAUCAGCUGCCACGUCAGCAGGGGCAAGACGGCGAUGAGAGUGCCAGUGGCAGUGAUGAGAGCGCUGAGAUGUAUGUUGUCUGGCGACGGAGCAAUGAGACGCAGCCAAUGGCAGGUGGCACACGUGGCAAUCCCUUAGUGGCUGGGCUGACAGGUGGCAGGCCAGGAGAGGGAACAGAGGAGGCCAUGUCAGCAACGUUCAGAGUGAGAAGGCCGGUGGAAAGAAAGGGAGGGGACAAUGGUUUGAUUAUGAAGGGAAGAGGUGAGGAGGAAGAGGCAGGGAAUGGAGAACAGGGAGAGCGGUGGGAGCAAGGAGAGAAGGAGGAUGAGGAGUGGCGGUGGGACAGCGGCGGUAUGGCUGCUCUGAUUGGCCGGGAGAUCUCUCUCGAGCCGCUGGAGAUUCCUGGAAGCUUCCUGGCCGUGGACUGGUGCGGUGUGGGCAGUGCGGGGCGCACAGAGGGAGAGGGGGAGGUGGGUGAGGGAGCAGCAGCAGCAGCAGCAGCAGCGUCAGGGUCAGGUGGAGAGACGCGGAGGGUGGUGUGGCAGACGAGGAGUGAGAUGGAUGCGUGCCGGAGUGACAUACUGCAGGGAGGCAAGGCUGAGACGGCUGGAGUGAUGGGUGCAUGCCAGGAUGGGCGGGCUUUUGUCUUCCGACUCGUUGCCGGGGAGGAGGAGGGCAGCAGGGAAGGGUUGCAGCUGGAAGGGCCGAGAGUGGAAGGGGUGAGGUUGGAGCUGGCAGACUGCCCCGAGUGGGUUAUUUCUCUGGACGGUGGCAGCAGCCGUGGAAGUGCCAGCAGUCUUGCCAGUGGCAGCACAGCAGCCAGCCUCAUGGUUCAACGCGCAGGAAAACCGUCCAUUUCCUUGGCCCCUCCUCUCCCGCUUUCUUCUCCCUCGGUGCUCUUCUCUGUCCAUGAGGGCCUGGCAGCAGGCAGCGCCAUGAGCUUCAUUGCCAAGGGAGCCAAGCGGGAUUUCCUGCUUCAGCCCAUCUCAGAGCUGAGAGAUGAGCGCUACACCUCCUACUUCAAUGUCUCUGCUACUCCUCCACCCGCUCCGCCCUCGCCUCCCCCAUCUCCUCCCUCUCCCGCUCCUUCUCCCUCACCACCCUCUCCUGCUCCAUCCCAUUCGUACUGA